AUGUCUGUUUCAAAAUCAUUAGCAACGAAAGAUGUGAUUGCAAUUUUAUCCAAAUACACUCCUUGUGACGUUUCUGAUUCGUUAAACAAACAUGGAAUCGCAAAUGGAGGAUUCAUUCCUAAUUUAACUAUUCGUUCUCCAGUAUUGAAUAAAAACUCAGCUGUUGGUAGAGCAUACACUGUUUUGUAUGCUCCUAAAUCUGACCCAAGACCAGCAGUGAAAGAAGCGUAUAUUGAUCAAGUUCCCGAAGAUGCUAUGGUUGUAAUUGGGUUACCAUUAGAAUUACAAACCACCAAUGCACCUUACGUCACUGUGAAUAAUGCGUUAUACGGAGGGUUAAUGUCUACUAGAGCACAAUAUCGUCAAGCCAAUGGGUCAGUUAUAUUAGGUAGAAUUAGAGAUUUAGAUGAACAUAAUGAUUUGAAGUACCCAGUAUGGUCAUAUGGAGUUGGUACAAGUGCCCCAGGUCCAUUAGUUAAAGUUGUUGGUAUCAAUGUUCCAUUAGAGGUCAAGGUUGCUAGCAUUGAUAAACCUGAAGAAGUGUUGACUAUCAAUCCUGGCGAUUAUAUAGUAGCUGAUAAGAAUGGUGUUGUUAAGUUAGAAGAUAACGAACAAUUAUCCAGUGUUUUGGAUUAUAUACCAAAACGAGUUGAUGCAGACACUCGAGUCAGUGAAGACAUCAAAGCUGGCAAACCAGCAGCUGAAUCGCAGAAGUUCUGGAGAAGUAAGAUUUAG